CAGAAAUAAGAAAAAACAUGUUGGAAAAGCAUUUGCCAUUUAUGCGACUAAGAUCUGAUAAGGAUUAUGAAAACAUGACACAAGAAGAAUUGAUUCUUAACUUAAAAAGAAUUAACGAGUUCAGUGAACAAAUGCCUUCAGAAGAGUAUGUACAUACCUUGAAGUGUUUUGAAAGGAGGCGUCAUUUGAUGUUUUGGCAUGAUGGGUCAUCUAUAGCUAGCCACAGCCAUGUCCUCAUGCUUGUUGCAUGUAUGUACGACCCUGCGUUAUUUCUCACAGAUGACGAGUAUAUGAAAAAUACUAAAACAAAAAUAAAUGUGCAAGCUGUGAUUGAAAAGCCGGAGUUUUACAUUUUGGCCAGAUGUCCUGCAACUGACCAGCAGCUUUUAUAUUCAAAUGAACGCUGCAAAGAUAUCAUAGAAAUGAGGAAAAGUGUUGGACAUGGUAUAACUGAUGUAAUGAGAUUUUUCAAGGGUGACAGUCCCGCAGCGGCAUUUGAAGCUGGGCAGCAAAAAGGUGGCAAUUUUUUUUGCCAUUCAUGCUCUGUACACGCUGAUUGUGUUAGCAGUCUUGUACAUACUUUUAAACAACAACAUCUGUCCUUGCAAGAUCGGGUCAGUCAUGCUUUAUCUUCUGUCGAAUCAUGUAAUAAACUUAAAAGUGGAGCAGUAAAGUUACACAAUGGAUUGAAGAAGCAUGAGCUGAUAAAUGAACUUCAUCAACGAAAAAUAAAGUUCUCCUGUGAUCUCCCUACAAAGGAGUUAAACAACUUGCUUCAAGAGGAAAUGCAUGGAAUUCAAAGGUUGCCAGCCCUCAUGUUUGGGAAGUCCCAUAGAUCUUUGAGUGAGCUCAACCUUGAGGGAUACGAGAUAUUAAAUAAUGAACCUUUGCAUGAUGUGUCAAACUACAUUAAAAAUAUCUACUGUGAGCUUCCACAUCAUGUAGGUGCAAAGAAGAAGACUUUAUUAGAAAUAAUUGAGGCUUCGUUUAAUAACAAGGAAGCAAAAAAUGCCUCUGAUUACAGAAGAAGCCUGCUGAUCGUAACAAAUUGGGCAUUAAAAAAUUUAGAAGGCCACUUUGCAUUGAAACUGCUGAUCUCACUUUCAAAGAUCCAGGAAAUAUUGUACUUGCCAGCAAAUAGAAGAAGUAUGCCAAGUAUUCUGCAUUUGAUAAUUGCAACACACCACCACGCCAUGUUGAUAAAACUCCAUAUCCGUGGUAAAUUAACAUCACUGACAAAGAGGAAAUUUUUUGGUGUGUAUUACCAUUCAAUUAUCAGACAUUCUGGCACACAGCUACGUCUUGUUUCUGGUCGUACAGCCAACACUGAAAAAGAAGAGGCUAGUUUUAAUCCCAUCAAGACCGUAACUAAACUUACAUCAAAUAACCAUCCAGAAAACAUCAUAUGUAAUGCCCUGAUCAGAAUGCAAGCCGCAAUAAAAUUAGGUGCAGGCCAAAAUGCAGUGAGCAAAGAUAAAUCAUUUGAGGAACUUUCCCAAAGAAUACAGAGACAUUCAACAGGUAGGUUCUAUAUUUUACCCAAUGUUCUAUCGAUAUUUUACGUUUUGACUUUAUACUUUGUUUUUUUCAUUUAAUAUAUAAAAAAGAUUAUGUUAUUUGUGCUCUGGUUACAUAGAACAGAACGUCCUUUCAAUCAACUAAUCAACUGCCAUGAAAUGAUGGUGAAAUUAAAAUUGACGUCGCCCUAAUUUUUAGAUUGCUAUGGCUGAAGUAUUUACAUUAAUGAAGAAAACAGCAAUAGUUCUAUUAUUUAUAAAAAAUAUAAAAUGCGUUUUUUUGCUUAAUAUUAUUGUGUAGUAUUUUUAUAACAGGGACCGUGAUACCAUUCUUUUGGAUAGAGAAAUAUCCAAAUGAUCAUGAAUGCUUUUUGAAAAGAAUAGCUGACUUUCUAUUGGAUUCACAUAAAUGGUGGGAAGAAACCAGUGAUGGAAUUAUAUUUAAAAGUGUUGAUUCUCUACCUGGUGACAGUUCCUUGAUUCUUCAUCAUUAUCGAUCGUCAACACUAAAAGAGGAAGAACAAUACCUUCAACGGUGUUCACAUUUAGCUCUUUCUUGCAGUACCUAGCAAUGUUGAUGCAAGCAAUUUAAAAUAAUAAAACAUUUUAAAACUUCAAGUGUCUUAAUUUUACUAUUUGGUGCUAAAUUAUAUUAUCAACAAUUUUUAUAAUACUUUGACAUUGUUUAACCUUUCAAAAAAAUUUACAAAGUUUAUUAACUGUCAAUUUCCUUUGCAUAUAUACCUAUUUUGAUUAUUACAAAUCUGAUGUCAAAAUAUUUCGCUUACAAUACUUUCUUUAUUUGCGUACAAAAACUAGAUGUAAGGUACAUAAAACUUUUUGAAAAUAAUGAAUAAGAAAUUACCAUGAACGAAGAAUCAUGGUAAUUUCUGCACACCCUUACCAUUGUGCAUAUAAUGGCUGAGAAUGUAUGUAUAUUUUAUAUGUGUAACUGUUAUACCUUUAGAUUGUGGGAAAAAUGCUUAGUUAAUAAGCAUUGUGUACCUGCGUUGAAAGUAACUGGAAAAGAUGACAAAAAGAUGGUACUGAAAAGUUUAAAAAGAUUUGAAAAUUACGUAGAAAGUCCAAUCACAACUCCAAAAGCUAACAAACACAAUACUACCACUACUAGCACUGAAAACAACUUAACACCAACCUCCUUAUUUCCGCCACAAGUUGCUUCAACACCACAUGCUGUUUCUGCAACCAAUUUAAAUACUCCCCUGCAUCAAUUAUCACCAAUUUAUAAGAAUGCUACCAAUAUC